UUCCUCGCAACACCCUCUCCUUCUACUCCUCUUUCUUCCUUCUACUUCCCUCUUCAAGGUCGGUUUUCUCACUCCUCAGCAACAAUGGCGACUUCAUUGUCAGUCGAGAAGACCACCUCUGGCCGGGAGUACAAGGUCAAGGACAUGUCCCAGGCUGAUUUCGGUAGGCUUGAAAUUGAGCUUGCUGAGGUUGAAAUGCCUGGACUCAUGUCUUGCCGUACUGAAUUUGGCCCUUCUCAGCCAUUUAAAGGUGCUAAGAUCACUGGAUCUCUUCACAUGACUAUUCAAACUGCUGUUCUUAUUGAGACUCUUACUGCUCUUGGUGCUGAAGUUCGUUGGUGUUCUUGCAACAUCUUCUCUACCCAGGACCAUGCUGCCGCUGCUAUUGCUAGGGACAGUGCCGCAGUUUUCGCCUGGAAGGGGGAGACCCUCCAAGAGUACUGGUGGUGCACAGAGAGGGCCCUUGACUGGGGUGCCGCUGGUGGCCCCGACCUUAUCGUCGAUGACGGUGGUGAUGCUACGUUGUUGAUCCACGAGGGAGUGAAGGCCGAGUUGGAGUUUGAGAAGAAUGGCACCAUCCCUGACCCAGCUUCCACUGACAACGUCGAAUUCCAGCUUGUAUUGGGUCUGAUCAAGGAAAGCUUGAAGGUUGACCCCAAGAGGUACCACAAGAUGAAGGAAAGAUUGGUCGGUGUUUCUGAGGAGACCACCACCGGAGUUAAGAGGCUUUACCAGAUGCAAUUGAACGGCACCUUGUUGUUCCCUGCCAUCAAUGUUAACGACUCUGUCACCAAGAGCAAGUUCGACAACUUGUACGGAUGCCGUCACUCCCUUCCCGAUGGUUUGAUGAGAGCCACUGAUGUCAUGAUUGCCGGAAAGGUUGGUGUUGUCUGUGGAUACGGAGAUGUUGGAAAGGGUUGUGCUCUUGCCUUGAAGGCUGCUGGUGCUCGUGUGAUCGUGACCGAGAUUGAUCCCAUCUGUGCUCUACAAGCUCUUAUGGAGGGUUUCCAAAUCUUGCCGUUGUCCGAUGUGGUAUCUGAAGCUGACAUCUUUGUGACCACCACCGGUAACAAGGACAUCAUCAUGGUUGAUGACAUGAGGAAGAUGAAGAACAAUGCCAUUGUUUGCAACAUUGGUCACUUUGACAAUGAAAUUGACAUGGCAGGAAUUGAGAACUACCCAGGUAUCAAGAGGAUCACCAUCAAGCCACAAACUGACAGAUUCGUCUUCCCCGAGACCAAAACUGGUGUUAUCAUCUUGGCCGAGGGCCGUUUGAUGAACUUGGGUUGUGCUACUGGUCACCCCAGUUUUGUCAUGUCCUGCUCAUUCACCAACCAAGUUAUUGCUCAGCUUGAGUUGUGGAAUGAGAAGGAUUCAGGUAAAUACAAGAAGGAGGUGUACGUGUUGCCAAAGCACCUUGAUGAGAAGGUUGCUGCCCUUCAUCUUAACAAGCUUGGUGCUAAGCUGACUAAGCUUACAAAGGACCAGGCUGACUACAUCAGCGUGCCCGUCGAGGGUCCAUACAAGCCAGCUCACUACAGGUAUUGAGCAAGGAAUUGGAGAUUGGCUUAUGGGAUCUCUUCCCAGAAGGGGCUGUGUUUUUUAGGAUGUUAGUUACUUCCGGAAGAAGAAAAAAAAAGCAUUCAUCAGUUUCUGGUCUCUGAAAGAAAACAUUUAUGUAUAAUUUAGCGUUCAAAUUAGACAAGAAAAGAAUGCUUGGAAGAGUGGUUAUAAUAGACCAAACUAUGUCAUUCAUUUUGUGUUAGAUGGUUGCUGGGUUCGAAACUCAGCGAAAGAAAUUGUUUUGUUUACGUUUUCAUAAGAACUUAAGAAGUUUGCAGAGACUUUA